UAACCUGGUCAUGAAAUGUUUCUUUCAGAAAUAAUUCGUAGCUAGGUUCCAGGACAUUUCUUAGUAGGACCCAAAUUAGACAUGAAAUUUUUCUUUCACUUACCACAAAAUCUUAUAAAUAAUAAACACCAAACAGAACUACAGAAGCAUCAUUUAUUCACAAACUAUAAUCAUGUUCAUCAAACUUGUGUUCAUGUUGUUUUUUCAUGUUACAUUGGUAGCAAGUAUAGACAACAGUUUCAUCUAUAAAUAUAAUGGAUUCCAAUCAUCAAAUUUAUAUCUUGAUGGUACCGCUGAGUUAGCCUCAACUGGCUUACUAAGACUCACCAAUGAUACAAAACAAGAAAAAGGACAAGCUUUCUAUCCAAAUCCUAUAGUUUUCAAAAACACUUCCAGCGGAAGUGUUUCUUCUUUCUCAACUACUUUUGUAUUUUCCAUAAAAUCUUCAUAUCCAACUCUUAGUGGCCAUGGAAUUGUUUUCGUUAUUUCUCCUACAAAAGGGCUACCAAAUUCACUACCAAGUCAAUACCUUGGUCUCUUUAACCAAUCCAACAUUGGAAACGGUGGCAACCAUGUUUUUGGUGUUGAACUUGAUACUCUUCUAAGUAGUGAGUUUGAUGAUAUCAAUGAUAACCAUGUUGGUAUUGAUAUCAAUGAUUUGAAAUCAGCUAAUUCAACUCCUGCAGGAUAUUACGAUGAAUAUAAUCGAUUCAGGGAUUUAUCCCUCUCCAGUGGAUAUCCUAUGCAAGUAUGGAUUGAAUAUGAUAGAGUGAAGAAAAAGAUUGAUGUUACCUUAGCUCCAUAUAGUGUUGGUUUUAGUCAUAAACCAACACAACCGACGUUAUCAUUGACCAAAGAUCUUUCCCCAAUUCUCAACAAUAGAAUGUAUGUUGGAUUCUCAUCUUCAACAGGGUUCAUUGCAGCUUCUCAUUAUAUUCAUGGUUGGAGUUUUAUGGUUAAUGGCCAAUCUCAAAACCUUGAAAUCUCUGACCUUCCUGGAGAAAGAGUAUUUGCUGAGAAAAAAAAGUCCAAAUUUUUAACUGUUCGGUUGCCUUUGAUAUUGCUAAGUUUGGUAUUCAUCAUAACUUUAGGGGUUAUGUAUUAUAUCAAAUUGAAGAAGUUUGCUGAGGUUCUUGAAGAUUGGGAACAUGAAUAUGGCCCACAUAGAUUUAAGUUCAAAGAUCUAUACUCUGCCACGAAGGGUUUCAGGGAAAAGGGGCUACUGGGAGUUGGUGGAUUUGGUAGAGUCUACAAAGGUGUGAUACCAAGUUCCAAACUUGAGGUUGCUGUGAAAAGGGUGUCUAAUGAAUCAAAACAAGGGAUGAGGGAAUUUGUGUCGGAAAUUGUCAGUAUCGGUCGUCUUCGACACAGGAAUCUUGUUCAACUUCAUGGCUAUUGCAGGCGAAAAAGGGAGUUACUUUUGGUUUAUGAUUACAUGCCGAAUGGAAGUUUAGACAACUAUUUAUACAACGAACCAAAAGUGAGGUUGAAUUGGAUUCAAAGAUUUAGAAUCAUCAAAGGUGUUGCUUCAGGUUUGGUUUAUCUUCAUGAAGAAUGGGAGAAAGUUGUUAUCCAUAGAGACAUAAAAGCUAGUAAUGUGUUGUUAGAUUCUGAAUUUAAUGCUAGAUUGGGAGAUUUUGGUCUUUCAAGGUUGUAUGAUCACGGUGCCGAUCCUCACACGACUCAUUUGGCUGGAACUAUUGGUUAUCGUGCUCCUGAACAUAUUAGAACAGGUAAGGCUACUAAAUUUUCUGAUGUGUUUUCUUUUGGUGCAUUUCUUCUUGAGGUUGUUUGUGGUAGGAGGCCUAUAGGUCGUGUAGGAGAAUAUGAGAGUCUAAUUCUAGUUGAUUGUGUGUUUGAGUGUUGGAAAAGAGGUGAUAUUCUUGAGGCAAAAGAUGUAAAUUUGGGGACAGAUUAUGUGUCUGAAGAGGUGGAGUUGGUGUUGAAACUUGGAUUGUUGUGUUCUCAUUCAGAGCCUUUGGCUAGACCAAGUAUGAGGCAAGUUGUGCAGUAUUUGGAGACGGAUAUACCCUUUCCAGAUUUGUCUUCGCUUAGUUUAUCUACUUUUGGUUUAACUUUUGGGUACCAAGAAUGUGUUGAGGACAAGACAAUGCCGUAUACUUCUGUGUCUAUUGCUGAAUCCGUUCUCUCUGGUGGUCGUUGAUUUUAAAACGUACGUGAAAUUGAUGCUUAAUUGGUGCAUUUUGAUUUUGUAAUGUGUUAGAUUUUGGUAAAAUGGAUUAAAGAGAGUUUGUUAUCUGAAAAGUGAAAUCAUGUUUAAGUAUUUUAAUAGAUACAUGAAAGCUUUUACUCAUUAAACUUUUUGGUUCUGAUUUUGCAUAUACUCUAUCUUCAAAUGCAGUAAAACAACCUUCUCUUUCUCUCUCUCUGAAUAUAAAGUUUUGCAUAAAGUUUUGCUAUACCACAUAAAGUUUUGCAUUGGUGGGAAGUUCUGAAUAUCCCAUUAGAAUCCAAAUUGCCUUUGAAGCUUUGAAUACGUAAAAUUCUUGAAGCCCUGGUUAUGGCAAGGAAAGGUUGUUGAUGAUUUGAGUAUGGUUUGCAAUUAUCUUUGAAUGGCGUCAAAAUUGCAGAAUGCUCAAUCUGAGCGGCACCAAUACACCUCUACAUUGCCUAUCAUUGUGAAGCAUCCGUGUUUGUCGCCGUCGACGUCGCCUGGUUGAGUCUGAGUUUCGCGGUGAGCAGAAAGAUCGCCACCGGGUUCAUAUAAUUUUUCUAUUUUUUGGAGUCUGGAAACGUAAGUGUUUGCCUGAAAACUUUUAAUUUUUUUUU